AAUAGAGGCGGGAUUAACGCAGAUCAGGGGAAACUAGAGAACCAACCAUCGACGUUGAUGGUAGUUGGAUUCUUCGCGGCCUCGGGGAUUGCUUUAUGUCAAGGAAAACAAAACGCCUCCCACGUGGUACUUGCUGGUACCUUCACCUGCGGAGUGACUUGUAAUUACGCAGGAGUGUCUCCUCUGACUUGUUGUAAAAAUGAAAGCUCUGAACUAGGGCUUGGUCCGUCAGCAAGAAGACGAGGUGGUCACCAGGAAGUACCUAGUUAACAAUCGUGAGUGACCAUGGCCUACUCUAGCUACAGCAACCUGAGCAGGGCUCAGCUCACCUUUGAAUACCUGCACACAAAUUCGACAACACAUGAGUUCUUAUUUGGAGCCUUGGCAGAACUUGUGGACAAUUCAAGAGAUGCUAAUGCCACACGUAUAGACAUCUACACAGAAAAAAAAACAGAGCUGAGGGGUGGCUACAUGCUUUGUUUUCUGGAUGAUGGUACUGGGAUGGACCCAAGUGAGACAACCCAUGUGAUUCAGUUUGGAAAGUCAAACAAACGGUCUCCUGAGUCCACUCAGAUUGGCCAGUAUGGAAACGGACUGAAAUCGGGCUCUAUGCGCAUCGGAAAAGACUUUAUCUUGUUCACAAAAAAGAACGACACGCUGACUUGCCUCUUCCUGUCGAGGACUUUCCAUGAAGAGGAGGGUCUGGAUGAGGUUAUAGUGCCUCUUCCUUCCUGGGAUCUGAAGACCAAGGAGCCGCUGACUUCUGAUCCAGAAAAGUAUGCCAUAGAGACCGAACUGAUCUUCAAAUACUCACCUUUUAAAAAUGAAAAGCAGCUGAUGGAGCAGUUCAACAAAAUAGAAGGCAACAGCGGAACGCUAGUGAUAAUCUAUAAUUUGAAGCUGAUGGACAAUGGAGAACCAGAGCUGGAUGUAGAGACAGACCACCAGGACAUACUGAUGGCUGGGACACCUGCUGAAGGAGUGAAGCCAGAGAGAAGAUCGUUCAGGGCGUACGCUGCUGUUUUGUACAUUGACCCACGCAUGAGGAUUUUUAUCCAGGGUCAUAAAGUCAGGACUAAGAGACUUUCGUGCUGUCUUUAUAAACCAAGGUGUUAUAAAUACUCAUCAACUCGGUUCAAGACCCGUGCUGAGCAAGAAGUUAAGAAAGCUGAUCAUCUUGCAAAGAUUGCGGAGGAGAAGGCCAGAGAGGCGGAGAGUAAACGCAUGGCUUUGGAGGCCAGAUUAGGAGAGGACCUAUCAAAAGACUCACGGGCAAUUUUGAGAAAAGUUCAAGAUGCAGCCAUGAUGCUGCGAAGGGAUGCUGACAUGAAAAAAAGGAUUCUUGAAGCCAAACAAAAAGCAUUAAAGGAGCCCAAGGAGCUGAAUUUUAUAUUUGGAGUGAACAUUGAACAGAGGGACCUGGAUGGGAUGUUUGUGUACAACUGCUCUCGUCUCAUUAAGAUGUAUGAAAAGACUGGUCCUCAACUGGAGGGAGGCAUGGCAUGUGGUGGUGUAGUUGGAGUAGUGGAUGUCCCAUAUUUAGUUCUAGAGCCUACUCACAACAAACAAGACUUUGCGGAUGCUAAAGAGUAUCGACAUUUACUAAAAUCCAUGGGGGAGCAUCUGGCUCAGUACUGGAAGGACACAAACAUCGCACAGAAAGGCAUAGUGAAGUUCUGGGAUGAGUUUGGAUAUCUGUCUGCCAGCUGGUCUGCACCUCCGUCAUCAGAGUUGAGAUACAAGAGGCGUCGUGCCAUGGAGAUACCACUUACUAUUCAGUGUGAUAAAUGUUUAAAGUGGAGAACGCUGCCUUUCCAGAUGGAUGCAGUGGACAAACGCUACCCAGACAGUUGGGUGUGUCUCAUGAACCCUGACAGCACUCAGGACAGAUGUGACGCUCCUGAACAGAAACAGAAUCUCCCAUCUGGUGUUUUGAAGAAAGAUAAGCCAACAGCUGAAGACAAACAAAAAGAGCUUGCAGAGAAAAUCAAACAGCAGCAGGAGAAGCUGGAGGCCUUGCAGAAAACCAGCACCAUCAAAUCUGCGGCAGAUGUAAGAAAGCUCCCAUUGGAGGUUAGCAUGAAACCAACAGAGAGUUCCUCUCAGGCAACCAGGUCUUCUGAAAGGUCUGUUGCACGCCCACGCUCCCCACCACUCCCAGCUCACCUCAAAAAUGCCCCAAGUGCCCCACCAGGACGUAGUGCUUCUCAGCGGCCCACCCGUACAUCGGCCAUACCACCAACUCCACCAAAGGUUGAACCAUCCAGGUCCAGAGCUGCAGCAAAACCUGCUCCAUCUGCAGCAAAACCUGUUCCCAAAGCUACUGUCAAAACACCUCCACCCAGCCGCAGCUCACGGGCAUCCGCCAAAGCUUCACCUGCCAAACCAGCAGCUGCUGGACAGCGCAAGAGAAUAAUAGAGCAGGAGGAGAGUGAGGAAGAAGAAGAAGAAGAGGAGGAGGAGGAGGAAGAAGAAGAAGGCAGCGAGGAGAGUGAAGAAGAACCACAGACAAAAAAAUCCAAGAUGGCUGCAGCUGCCACUAACCGUGGCAAAGUGGUAGAGAAGGCCCCACCUCCCAAACGUGGAAAGUUGGAUGAGGUUAAAACACACUCUCAACUUGAGAAGAAAGGAGUGUCUGCCCCUACACGGCAGGCACCAACAACACCAUGCUCUGCCCCUAAAUCCGUUUCUACACACGGGGCUAAAGAAAAGGCACCUGAUAAAUCUCUACAACAGGAACCAGAAAACGACACUAAAAAUGCUCAGAAAGAUAAGGGUCUGCUGGUCGAAGUACGUGUCAAUAAGGAGUGGUAUACGGGCAAAGUCAUUGCUGUUGAGGCGAAUAAACAAAGUGUUCGCUGGAAAGUUAAAUUUGACUACGUACCUCGGUCCACCCCUAAAGAUCGAUGGGUAUUUAAGGGUAGCGAUGAAGUCCGGCUGAUGCGACCACCAUCUCCAAUCUCUCAGACACCUGACACCCAGCAGGAGACCGAGAAGGGUCCGGCACCCAUGGAGCCAGACACUACUCAGCCAGGAACCAGCCGAGAGGUGACCGACAGCCUGGUCACCAUGUUGAGAACAAUGCUGCGUUACUUCUUUCCUCCUGCUUUUCGGAUCCCAAAGGACGAUGUUAAUAGCAUGACAGCCGAGGAGCUGGUUGCCUUUCCUUUGAAAGAGUAUUUCCAGCAGUAUGAAUCAGGCCUCCAGUCAUUAUGUAAUUCAUACCAGAGCAGAGCUGAUGCCAGGGCCAAAGCUGUGGAGGAGAAAAACAACAACACUGAGCUCAAACUAAAGGAGGCAGACGAGAAAUUACAGAAACUCCGAACAAACAUUGUGGCCCUUCUGCAGAAAGUACAAGAGGAUAUUGACAUAAACACGGACGAUGAACUUGACGCUUACAUAGAAGACCUCCUUACAAAGGGUGACUAAAGAAGAGAAAAAUCAAAUGAAAGAUGUGAACAUUAACAGACUGGUCAUCAUUUCAAAUCUCCAUGGACCCACUCUCAUGUGUGAAUAUUUGGGGUUGUUUUCAUUAAUCCCUCCAUGUGUUGAAUCAGUUUGUAACCAGUUUGUAUUUUUAGGUUCUCACUGUCGAUUGCCUCUGGGCCUGUGGUUUUACUUUGUCCCUUUUUAUUACCCUCUUACAUCUGUUAAUCUAUGUUUAAAACAUGCUAUCCUGGUUGAGCUGUUAAAUAAUUUGUAUGUUUAUUGCGACGUAUGCUCUUUUAUAUAGUCAACUGUUGUUGUGACAAACUACAUUUCUUCAUUUUGGUCCAUUGUCAGGUGACAUUUUCACACUAAAGACUUGGGCUUAACUGGUCUCUGUUCUGUACUGCAGCCUGUAGUUAAACAGUUAUUUUUAUUUUUGUACACUAAAAACGCAUCAGUGUUCUUCAACCUGGACAGAAAACCAGGUUCAUCUUUUACGUUUGGGAGAUGUGCCCCAUCCAUAAACAGGAGCUACAUACUGGGUUAUAUCAGUACAUUUAUUAUUCCUUUAAAUUCCUUCUUCAUUUAACCGUUGACUGUUCUGUGUUCAUUUUGGGAAGGAAAAAAAUGGUUAACUGCUGAAUUGUUUAAUAAUUAUUCAGUGCCUGUGUCCUUCUUUUUGAACAGAUUUUUAACCCAUCAUGGAAAUGUUUUAUUAAACGGUGCAUGCUUUCAGUCUUUAUGUUCUCGUUGGAACAAAGGAUACUGUAUUUUUGACAAACCUUUACUUAGAACAAUAAAACUGGUUCAGCAACACA